GUAAUUUUAGAACCAAAGCAACAGUGAGUGACAUAAAUGCAGAUUUUCAAGAAAAAUAGUUGGAUAGUAAUGCAGUCUUAUCCAUGUAUAUGAAAGCAAUUUUUGUAUCGGCAUGUAAGUGAUGAUAUCGAAUAACACACCUUACAAGCUCAAGGCUUCAAAAAGCUCGAAAGAAUUGAACGAUUACGACAACAACCCCUCUGACGAAAAUUACGACAACAGUAGCGUGGACGGUGAUGUAGAAAACAGCCAAAAAUACCAUGUAUAUUCUCGUGAUAACCGCUACAGAGGCGUGGGGAGAUCCCGCUCAAGCGAGUUUCGUUCCUCGAAAAUUAACGAGAGAAGAGGGGCCUACCGUGGCCGUGGAGGCCCCCCGGCGCGCAGGGGAGACCGCGACGGUGGCGAUUUCUACAUUUUAAAUCGAAAGUAUCAAGAGUCAUUGUCAAGACAUUCUGAAUCAUCAGGAUCAUAUCAUGGAAAAUUUUAUGAACCAGAGAAGAAGAAUGAUAUCAAGCUCAAUUUACCUGAAGAUACCAGAAUUUCUAAGCUGUUGCGCCGGUUGAGCACUGAAGUUGACCAAGAAAAUUCUCUGGCCAUUUCUAAAAAACUUCUUGAGGUUCUGCUACUACCAGACAACGCGCAGUAUGUACGCAAAGCGUUCCAUAUCCUUGGUGAGUCCAUGUUUGAAAUUCUGCAAGUUUCGCCAGGGCCUCUAGCUAAACAACAAGCCACACGAGCUCUAGGCAGGAUGGGUUACAUAAUGGGACAAGAAAACGAUUUUGAAAGGUAUCAAAACUGGAUUUUUGUUAAAAUGAAAAAUGCGUAUGAAGAAAUGCAAAUACUUUUAAUGAAGUCGUUUAAAGAAACUCUCGCUUUUGAAAAAAAUAAACCAGUUUUGCAAGAUCACGCUGAAAAUCUGAUGCACCAUUUAGUAACUUGUAUAGAAAUCACUGAAAACGCUGAAGUUUUUAAAGCCAUUCUUGACAUUUUAAUGACAAUCAUCGAGCUCUAUCCUGAUUGUUUUUACACUCAGUUCCAAGACACUGUGGAUUUGUUAUUCGGCUGGCAUGUCGACCACACUCAACCUCUAUCAAACAUUGAGUUUAUUUCCCGCAAUUUGCAACGCAUUUCGACCCAUUUUAAGUACAACAUUGAAUUUGCCGUCACUCUUAUCGAAAAUUUUUUGGAAGAUAUCACCAACUUCAGCAGUCAGUUAAACGACUCUGAGAGUAAUUCUUUGGAACACAUUAACGUCCUAAUUCUAGCUCUGAACACAAUUUUGAAAUGCUUAGGGGAUAGUUUCCGGCCAACGAACAACAAACACGUCUCUGUUGAGUUGGUUUCUACUUGUUUAAACCAAGUUAUAAAGACAGUGCAAGACGUCCUUGAAAAUUUUGUUACGGACAAUCUCAUCAUAGCAGCUAACGAGAGCAUUGGGAUUUUGCUUGGACAACUAGACAACAAAACCCAAGCUUUAAGCAACUCGAUUUAUAACUUGAUUGAUCUUGAGUUGAGUUUAGUUACCGAAUUUUCGGAUGCAACUUUAGUAUCAAUGCUGCUCCUAAUUUCGAAAAUCAUCAAAGAAUUAUCAGCUAAUUUGCCAAUAGAACUGAUAGAAAAACUAAUCGGUCCCAAAUCUGAAAUAGUCAAAUUGCGUUAUUCUUAUUUUAAGAGUAUCCGGGAUUCGGUCAUUUGCGUCUACCAGGCUUUAUUAAAUUUAAAAAAUGUCUCACUUCUGCAAGAGGCUUACAGAUACGUUUUGGGCGACCUUGAGGUCGUUUACAGAGCUAUUGUUCCUAAUAUAAAGCCCUUCAUACAAAAUAAUCCAUUUUCUGAAGACAAUUUUGACUUGAACACAGACCAGAAAGAACAAACUGUGUUAUUUUUAUUGCGGUGCCUAUCGCAAUUGGCUAACGCAAGUUCAAUAAUAGUGAUGUGGGCCUUAAAACCUAGCAUUUUGGAAUUGGUGGGAGUCAAUCUGGAACCGUACCAAGAACGUAUAGCUAAGAACAAUCCAGCGUUACAAUAUAGCUUACUUUACUUGCUAUACUCUCAUUGCAAGUGCUAUAAUCAUUUUAUUUCGAGCAGUAAUUUAGUAGCGAAAAAGCAAGACCAGUCGAAUUUAAUGGGAUUAUUUACUUUGCCGGAUGUUUUGAACAUUAACGACGUGCCGAACACUUCGCCCAAUUUGGGAAAUUUUGAAAUAAUCCUCGAUAUUUUGCAUAAAACUUUGAGAAUACAGACUCCCAACGAAGUUACUUUGCUGCUGUUGCAGUGGUUAAACGACAUAUUGAUAAAUUCGGACAGUUAUUUGGCGAAUUUAUACGAUAACGAAAAGUUUGUCGCAGUGACUGAAGUACUGGUAAAAUGCGGAUACCAUUUUAACACUAAGAUAGUUCUCUUUGUUUGCGAAAAUCUCGAAAAACUACUGAAUAACAAACAAUUAUCUUGGAACAACCAGUUUUUGAUGAACGUCUGCGAUUUGGUGAAACUACAUCUAAAUUCAAACAACGACGAAAUUCGUCUUAGUUAUUCCAAACUCUCAUCGAAUAUUCCCUGGGACGUUGCUGUGGUCGAAUUAAAUAAAUCUAACUCGGCUUAUGAUGCGAAGAAAUCAACAAAUAUCAAAGACUAUUCCAAUUAUAUGGUCCGCAUGGCUCAACAUUUGCAUCUAAAUAACAGCGUAACCGGUGACAUGUACCCUCUUCAUUUCAAAACUUUCACGGACUAUUUGCUUAAAAACGAAUCUUGCGAGUCUCCGAACUGGUUAGAAGACAUCUUCAUCAGUAGUUGGCCUUUGCAAGCUAACUAUAAGGCUAUGGACUUCUUCUAUGAUUUGGCGAUCAAUUCAAGAAUAAUUUUACAUAACUGGACAACACUUGAAAGUGCCCAAUUUUGUGUAAAUUCCAAGCUGCGCACACCAUUAGGCAAACCUAAUGAGACUUUCACAAAGAUCGAAGGUGCUUUGAAUCAUUUAGGAAACGACUUAAUUAAUGUUAAGAAGAAUAAAGAGAAUGAAAGUGGCCCUAAUGACAUUACUCGGGUUAGGCUAUUGCUCCAGUUUAUAGAACAUUUGGAAAAAGUUAUAUACAGUGCGUCCGAAGGUUGCGCUAUAGCAAUGCAGCAACCCCCGAAGCAAGUCAGAUCUUUCUUUAUCACCAAUACGAACACCUGUAGCGAGUGGUUAAGUCGGAUAAGAAUGGUGGUUAUACAUAUUGCCAUGCAUGCAUCAGAUCCUUGUACUGCAGUCAGACAUGGGCAAGCUCUACUUGGGGAUAUGGUGGCAACAGGAAGAACGACCGGUUCAGAAUUUGAAAGAGUUGUAAUUUUUAUUACGUUGGCAUUCCUGGAAAUGAGAGAAACUGAAGCGAUUUUGGGUCUAUAUAUUUGGUGUAAAAGCGUAGCCGGCCGGAAAUUUGUUUGGGUGAAGUAUGCAGCAGAGCAGGCGGCGAAGAGAUACGAACUUGCUAUUGAAGGGUACAAAAAAAUUCUCCGACAAAGUCAUACUAACGAAAGUGAUGCGCAAGGCGACAAUGUCAAAUUGGAAUCAGACUCACGCCAUUUUAUUCAUGAUCAGAUUGUCAUUUGUUAUAAGGAGUUGGGUAAUUGGAUCGAUUUGAUGAAUUGGAAUAUGGAGGAGAACAUGGGGGAAGACAUGGAUAACGGUCGAAGAUAUUGGUUUAGUACCACGGAUUGGACUUGUGUUAAUAAUUUGUUUAACGUGGAAGUGGGUCGACAAUCUUUUACCGAUCUUUCGUCGUGGAAUUACAAAGACGAGACAACGUCGUGGAGUCAGUAUGAGGAGAUCACGACUGUUGAGACAAAUCUGUACGGAAUUGCGUUUAGUAUAGCUUCGGAUAGUGGGGAUUUGAAUAAGAAAGUCGAUCAGAAUUUGAGUAAAAUUCAAAACUCGAUUAGAUAUCACUUAAACUUGGCACCCUCUGAUUGUCUUCAAGAAUUUCAAGUGAUGCAAUACGCCUGUCAAGGGAUUAAAAACAUUCUCAACGGUACUUCAACCAACACCGUGUUUCUUGUAUCUGAGAAUUUUGAAAAUGAAAUAUCUAAAAUCGACUCGUCGGUUUUACGUAAAGUACUUUGGUGGUCGGAGUAUUUUGCUGACGUCCAAAAUCUAGGAUCGACGACUUUCUGUACUAAUUUACGCUUGGAUGUUAUAAAAAGAGCCAGGAAAGAACGUAAUUUCAAGUUGGCGUUUGCUCAUGUUAGCAAAUUUCUUAAAGAUACAAAUUUGGUGAUCGAUGAUAACGGUUUUGACACUAUUGCGACUCUAUUCUUGCAGAAAAUUGGCGAAGUAUCAGUUUGGAGUGUUGAUACGGCUCGUGUAAUAAUGGAGAUUAUAAAACUGUCGUACUGUACUGAUCAGAAUCGACAACACAAUUUUAAUUUGUGCGCCGCUGCUUCUACUGCCAUUUCGAAACAUGCAGAGCUCUAUGGAGGAACAGAAUUGAAGAAAAUUAGUAGCAAAAUUUUGUUAAAAUUAGCGAAUUGGUUGCAAGUAAACGAAGAAAUUUGUUUAACGGAAAUAAAUAGUCCGUUGGGUAAAUUGUUAAUGGUGUUGCCGGAGAUCGGGAUGAUGGAUAGUAGUGUUUCAAAUGUGAUUCCAAUGAGUGAAAUGGCAAUUGGGAAAUUAUUGCAAUUUAGUGUACAUCAGUGCGUCGGAUUAGCCAAAAGCUGGAAUGCUUUUGGUACCUGGUGUUAUCGUUGGGGCCGCAAAAUUAUAGAUCAUAGUUCUGAUGUCCAGAAUAAUCUCACUGAAGAGGAUCAUUUGAUUAUUAAAAAUUUGUUGCCACCAGCUACUUCGCAAGACGAUUUGAAUAAAAUUAUCACGAUUUUGUCUCAGACUAGAUCGAAUCUUGAUGAGGAAGAUAUAGAAUCGCACGAUUUGAACACUUCAGAGAUGAUUCAAAAUCAGUUAAAAUAUGUGCCUGUUUUACAAAACGCCUCUGAUGCUGAUUUACAAAGCUUAGUUCAGAUUUGGAGAAACACACAAAAGAGGAUUUACACGUACUAUGCACUCAGUGCUGAGGCUUAUUUCAAGUAUUUACACCUAACUACAAAUUCGGACAACAUUACGAAAAACACCGAGUGUAACAUUAUAACGAUUACUCUACGUUUGUUAAGGUUAAUUGUUAAAUAUGCUCUAGAAUUACAAAAUAUACUCGAGGAAGGUUUACAAACGACCCCAACUCAGCCUUGGAAAGUUAUUAUUCCUCAAUUAUUUUCUCGUUUGAAUCAUCCAGAAAGUUAUGUAAGACAUAGGGUUUCCGAUUUGUUAUGUCGCAUCGCUGAGGAUGCUCCUCACUUGAUUACGUUCCCAGCAGUUGUUGGUGCUUUAGAAGGGGGUCUAAAGUUUGAUUUUUCCGAAAUUUCGCUACCCAAGGAUUGUCUUUCGCAAAACAACGAAUGCAACGAUGAAGAAUUAAACGAAGAAGAAGAUAACUACGAAAGUGACAGUGAAGAUUCUACAAAUGCGCUACAAUCGUGUUUUAGGACCAUGGUGGAUACUCUUAGUAAGCAAGAUCCAGAAACUAUUGCUCAAGUGCAAACUCUUGUCAAAGAGUUGCGAAGAAUCACUUUACUUUGGGACGAGUUAUGGUUGGGUACUUUAGCUCAACAUCAAACUGAAAUUACGAAACGUCAGCAACAAUUGGAAUAUGAAAUCGAGAAAGUCAACGAAAAUCCUCAUUUAAAUAAAGAAGAAAAGUUAUCGCUUAUUGCAGAAAAACACAGGAUUAUAAUCAAGCCAAUUGUAUUUGUUUUGGAGCAGUUGCAAGAAGUGACCACUGCUGAAGCAGAAACUCCACAUGAAAAAGAAUUCCAGGAAAAGUACCUGGAUGAAAUUAAAGAUGUAAUCAAUAAGUUGAAGAAUCCUGAAAAUCCAGAAAAACCACAAGAAUCUUUACAACCACUAAAGAGUCUGCAGAAGCAAUUUCAACAAAAGUUUCACCGACGAGCUUCGUACACUCUCAAAAUGCAGUCAAUCAGUCCUGUUUUGGCCUCUAUCAAGAACACUGUAAUUGCGAUGCCUGGGUUGGUGACUUCUGCGAAAACUCGAGUUACUAUUUCGCACGUUUCUAAUAUUGUUUCAAUUCUCCCCACAAAGACUAAACCAAAAAAAUUAAUCUUUUACGGAUCUGACGGCCAGACUUACACUUAUUUAUUCAAAGGUUUGGAAGAUUUACAUCUAGAUGAAAGAAUAAUGCAAUUCUUGAGUAUUGCGAACACCAUGAUGGCCCACAAUGCUGACCUAACUGGUCAAAAUUUAUAUCGCGCCCGACACUACUCCGUUAUUCCUUUGGGGCCACGUUCAGGGUUGAUUUCUUGGGUAGAUGGAACUACCCCUGUUUUCGCCUUGUAUAAAAGAUGGCAACAGCGCGAAAUGGCUAAACCCUUUAUCAAAAACAACGUAAAUACAACCGCGAGUGUGUUAAGACCUUCUGAACUUUUUUAUAAUAAGUUAAACCCCUUACUAAAAGAACACGGAAUUAAGAAUAUAGAUAAUCGAAAGGAGUGGCCUUUGAGUGUUUUGAAGCAAGUUUUAACUGAACUGAUGGCAGAGACUCCUAGCGACCUACUUGCUAAGGAAUUGUGGUGUAAUGCAAUUGAUGCCAAUGCUUGGUGGCAAGUGGUGAAGAGAUACUCUUAUUCUGUUGCUGUUAUGAGUAUCAUUGGGUAUAUAAUUGGGCUCGGGGAUCGGCAUUUAGAUAACGUUUUGGUGGAUUUGACAAGCGGAGAAGUGGUCCACAUCGACUACAACGUCUGUUUUGAAAAAGGCAAGACUUUGCGAGUGCCUGAGAAAGUCCCCUUCAGACUCACGCCGAACAUUCGUGGAGCGCUGGGAAUCACAGGAGUUGAGGGAAUUUUCCGCACGGCCUGUGAAAACGUACUGAAAACCAUGCGAAAAGGACGUGAGACUUUACUCACACUACUGGAAGCUUUCGUUUACGACCCUUUGAUCGACUGGACCGUGGGUGGCGAGGUCCUGGCAGGGACAAGCUUUGGAGGAAUCUCCUCGAGCGUCAAUUCGAGGCAAGGCAAAAAGGACUUGGAGAAAGAAGUGACUCUCUCCAUGUUUAAUGUGCGUUGUACCGAAAUGAGAGUCGAAUGGGACGAAAAUAAGGAAAAUAUUUUAAAAGAAAUUCCAACAUUGCUUGAGAAUUUCGGGUCGUGGAUUGAUGUUCAGAAGAAAAUCAGCGAAACAGAAGACUAUUUACAAGAUUUGCACCAACAGAUGGCGUUGGUGAAAGAGGCAGAAGCGCACGGUGCGAAUAAACACAGCUUGUAUAAUUUGCCAUCACGUUACGAAAUUUAUUGCAAGACGCAGGAGGCCAUGAAAACUGCAAAGAAAGAUAUCGAUAAGAUAAUGGACGAGGCUGAAAAUCACAUUACCGGUUAUUUAGAAGCCUUGAAACUCUUAGAGAGUCCUCAAUUUGCGCAUUGGAUAUCGGAUUUGAAAGCAUACGAUAAUGAUAUGAAUAUAUUCGAUUUAGUCAAAGAGUUUUUGCACAAUGCCGGCAAAAAUGACGUUAUAACGCAGUGUGAACAGUCGGAAAGCGACGUCGAGCAGUUAUCAAAAAUGCAAAAUUUGUCAAUAAAACGAUGUUUGCAGCUCUUGCAGGAGUAUCAUGCUAUUUUGUCCCAAUGUCCGAAGUCGUAUAUCGAAAAUCAUCGGAUGUAUCUCUACCUGAGUUGGUCAAAGUUCAUGCUGGAUACUAAAACAGUUGAAAGUUGUGACGCUGUUUAUGAGAAAUUUCGAAUGUUUCUCGAUUUCGGUAAUGCUAAGCACACUUUAAAGUUUUCUUACAGUUUGGAAACUUUCUACAAGGAAACUAUAGCUCAAGUCAACAAACUUUACGAUGAUUUGACUAAAAUUCGAGCUCAAGAAUCGAGUGUUGCACUCGAAAAAUUAUACGCUAAUGCUAGAUUAGGUGUUUCCACUUUUUUGAAUUGCGAAAAAGGAGCUACAAGUGCAUUUGAAUUCGUUAUAGCUAACGAAUUAGUACUGCUUAACAAAAAUUUCUUAACUUUAGAAACUGCAGCCAGUCGAAGUGGAGAUUUGUUAAUUAAAUUGACAUCAAGAGAUGGCGAUUGGUUUUUGGAUGAACUGGUUUUAAACAGUACUAGAGUGGUAGAAAUGAUUAAUAAUCUUCCAGUGAAACAAGAGGGCGAAGAUAGCCGAUUUAUGAAGGUGUUAAAUGGUAUCAGAAAUGCGAAUAAUGUUUAUAAAGGGUUACAUGAGUUACAUUUCAAUUUCCACACAAUUAUUUUGCCUGAAAGCAUGAAAAAGAUUCAAAGUGAAGAACCAACUGUCGUACAAAUGGUUGCAGAUCUCGGUAAUUUGAUAGUCGAGUUGGGAACCACAAUUCCAGAUAUGAUUGCCCAAUUGGAGAAGAUCUUGUCGUGUUUAUUUAUGCAGAUGGAUAUUAAUCCUUCCUACGAAAUAGUUUUGGGUCGUGUGGCAGCAAUAAGGAGCAGAUUCCAGCUUUUGGUUCAGAGUCAAUCCGAUAUUCUCAGUGCUGGCAAAAUGUUACUGAUGGGUUUUAACGGUCUUUUCGAAAAAUUGAGCCAAGAAAUGCAUAAUUUGGUCAGUACUUUAGGAAGUCUGGAUAUACCCUCUUCGUGGAAAAAGUUGGAUCAGGUAAAAGAAGCGAAAAGUAUUGGAGCACAUAUUUUCCACCCCAAAGUUCAUGAAAUCCUGGAGGAUAUCUUUCUGCUGAAACGGCUACAAACCAUGUCCGAAUUUUUCGAUUUGAUACUCGAAAUGUGCCAAUCUUUCAAAGUCAAUGCAAAGCAUGUGAUUUUCAAUGACGAUCAGUUGGUAAAACCUGUGAGACAAUUUAUUGCCGACUUUAUAUCGCGCCAACUAUUGGGGGUAACAACUGAAGCAGUGGCGUAUUGUGUUUGUUUCUUGUUGCAAAAUUUGAGUCUUGAUGUCUCACACGAAAUCGAACAAAAAGACAUCGGUGCUGAAACGAAAGUUCCAUUGGAUGAAUUGUGCCAUAAAGCGUGGAAUUAUUUAUUGAAGCAAGGAGUUUUUAGUCAGAAUUUAGUGUCGCAGGCUUCUGGAUUUUCGGCCAAUUUGAAGAGUGCUUGGGAGAAGAUUCAAGAGCCGAAAAAGAUCGAAUUAAAAUUGACUGUAUUACAGUCGAGUGCGAUGCGUAUACAAAACCAGCUCACAGUUUAUAAUUUCAUGUAUGAAGAGAUUUUGUCACAGUUACACGUCUUUACAGGUGUCAGAAAUAAGUUCAUCAUGGAUUUGAAAAGUGAAAUGACGAAUUUGAAAACCGUCCAUUCUAAAUUAAUUGAGGCUAGAGAGAAACAACAGUGUCUGAUUGAAAACGCAUAUCAGAGACUGAAUUGGGCCAAGGGGGCGAAUCCAAAUGUUGUUGAAAUUUCAGCAGCUUUUGAAAGUGCUGUUUCGACAAGAGAUGCACAUCUAAAUUUGGAACAAAAAAUCGCAAAUGAAAUUUUAAAUGCGUGCAAAGAAAUACUACAACAUGAGUUGUUGAGGACUCACUGUAACGAGUCGAAGACUUAUGAUAAGUUGUUUUUGAGCAGUUUUGAGAAGUGGAGGAUCGCUUGUCAGUAUACGAAUUCGAGGAAUGAUGUUCUGACUCCAACUGAAGAAAAUAUAAUGAAUUUACUGACGGCCGAAUUAUUGCACAAUCCGAAAUGGUUGCAAGCCAUUUCUGAAAUAAUUUCUGAUUUGAUUACGAUGUCUCAAAGGAAAUUGACUGAAGAAAAAGCUAAUUUGAUGUGUAUUUCUGAGGAUUUGACAUCUGCCAUUGAAAAGUUCAAAGAAAUUUACAACAUUCACUGCAGGUUGAUGUCGGAUGUUAAGUCACUAAUCAAAUCGAUGACAAAAAUUGAAGACUAUGCGAUACAGACCCAACAGUUUAUCACCGAUUACCGGGAUUAUAUUGACAGAUUUUCGUCUUUAUUUUCAAAAUUCAAGAAAGAAAUGUCCAUGGACGACGUCAAGUCAUGCGUCGAGCAUUUGCAUUUUCUCGCAAAGAACACGAACCAAAUUUAUGGCGAUUUGCUAAGUUUAGAGGCGAAGAGGAAUCGUCUCCAGCUGACGCGUCAGGACUGCAUUGCCAUCAGUCCGAUCAAAGUACAGAAGCAGGAGUCGAAAGGUCAGCAAAGGAACGCGUAUGCGGUCAACGUUUGGCGCAGAGUUAAGAUGAAGUUGGAAGGUCGAGAUCCAGAUCCUGGCAGAAAAUAUACUUCUCAGGAACAGGUCGAUUACGUGAUCCGAGAGGCGACCAACUUGGAUAACUUGGCCCUUUUGUACGAGGGCUGGACACCGUGGGUUUGAAAUGUAUCGAGCGCGGCAGUAAAGCCCUGCCUGGAUCUCUCUUCAGUACUAGUAAUGCGCCAGUGCGCACUGGUCGCCGUGGGUGAAGCAGCAGCGCCAUCUCUAACUAUACUUGCCCAUCAGGCCAAGUUGCUUAGUUUUAUUGUUCUUGCAAGAAUUUGAUUUAGGGAUCGAAGGAUUAUUGAAAAAAUAAAAAAUAAAAUUGUUCUUGCACUAUCGGUAAAACUCGGCCACUUGAACAUAGUAAAGUAUCUCAAAGUUAAUGCUGCUUUUCAUUUUAAUUAUCAACGGUAAUGUCAGAGUUGACAAUUGCUGCCAAAAUGGCAGCUUCUAUGUUCUCAAAAUGGAGUCUUGAUGUAUUUGAAAUGUGCCGACUAAUUGGCGUCUAAAUUCAAUGUGCCCCGACACUCUGUGGUACUCUAAUCUGGAUUUACAUAUAGAUAACUCAUCUGGUGAUUGGAUGUGUGUAAAUUCAGCUGUUUGUUGCAUUCAAAUGUGACUUAUUAACUCAAUGUUUACUAUAACUUUUAUUCGAUUAGAACUCUUUCAAAUCAUGCUAAUAGCUCUUUAUUCUUAUAAUCUUCAACACACUGGUCUGACAAGAUAUAAAUUGAUUUUUAGGUAUAGUACAUUCUUAUUAUUAUUUACGUAGGGUGUUAUUAUUCUUUGAUAAGUUUUGGUUUUAUUUAGAAAUCGUAAUAAAUGUUCCAUGGAAACAACACGUACACGUUAAGUUACACAAUAAGAUCUUUGUCAGUGUAUGUAUAAUGUUUAUUACUUUUUCUGAUUUCUUUUAAUAAUAAUAUAAAAAUACACUUAUUGAACGUU